UCUUCGUGUUUCCGUGUCUCUUCGUGGUCGAGCCCCGCCAGUUCCCGUUGGCAGCGUGCGAGCCCCCGCGAGCCGAGCCGAGCCCCCGGGGGAGCAGCGGGGUGGUCGUGCGGUACUUCGGCGAGCACACAGGGACGAGUUGUCCGAGUGAGGCGCUCUCCCCGGCGCCAUUGACGUGUUCUCGUUUGCGAAGAGGGACUCGGACUCGGUCUCGGUCGAGGAGGCGACGAGCGACGCUCCCGAGCUCGAGUCCGCCGGAACCGACGCAGCAGCACAGGCGUCAGUCGACCGCCGAGACGUCAGUGGUGCCGACGUGCUUCUGUCGCAGCUCCCCGGAGUCAUCCAUCUGACAUCCCCGACCAGGGAGACUCAACAAUCAGCCCCCACAUUCAUUAUAAUAAGAGAACAAAUUAAUACUAGAGUCGAACUCAGUAGAAGGUGUACCGUGCCCGGAGGGCCCAACUGGGAUAUGAAACAACAUUUAAAUCCAAAUUGUAUCCAGAUUUGUAUUUACACACACACACACACACACACACACACACACACACACACACACGGGCGUUACAGAAUGUCAGUCGCCUAAAAAUUGCCAGAUCAUUUUUCGUCAAGAUCCAUGAAUUAUAUCCUAAAAAAAAAAAGAAGCCGCCCCUCCUGUCAAGGUUAAUGUAAGUAAUUAAAAAAAACAAACUGGCUCCACAGAAACAUUUUAAUUUGUGAUUUCAUCUUUUUAUCUAUUCCAUAAAUGGAGUUCUGCUCUCCUAGUGAGCGUCUGCCUUCCCGGUAAUGAGGACGAAGCUUAAGCUGAACUUUUCUUCAGCCAGUUUUUAAAAAAACUUUUCACAGCGCAUAGGAAAUGGCAACUGCUCUCAGUGGCCGAACCCCCGGUGGACGUGGACCGCAGCGGAGCAAGGGUCGGAUUUUAGGCAUCAUUGACGCCAUCCAGGAUGCAGUGGGGCCUCCGAAGCAGGCGGUCGCCGACCGACGGACUGUGGAGAAGACAUGGAAACUCAUGGACAAAGUUGUCCGACUGUGCCAAAACCCCAGGCUCCAGCUGAAAAACAGUCCACCAUACAUUCUGGAUAUCUUACCGGAUGCCUACCAGCACCUGCGGCUUGUAUUGGGCAAAUAUGAGGAGAACCAGAGACUCGCGCAGCUCAGUGACAAUGAGUACUUUAAAAUCUACAUCGACAGCCUUAUGAAGAAAUCCAAACGGGCCAUCCGGCUCUUCAAAGAGGGAAAGGAGAGGAUGUAUGAGGAGCAGUCCCAGGACAGGAGGAACCUGACCAAGCUGUCUCUGAUCUUCAGUCACAUGCUGGCUGAAAUCAAAGCCAUCUUCCCUGGAGGACAGUUCCAGGGGGACACUUUCAGGAUCACCAAGGCCGAUGCCGCUGACUUUUGGAGGAGAUUUUUUGGAGAAAAGACGAUAGUGCCAUGGAAAGUCUUCCGACAGUGCCUUCACGAACUGCACCCCAUCAGUUCGGGCCUGGAGGCCAUGGCCCUCAAAUCCACCAUAGACCUCACUUGCAACGACUACAUUUCUGUGUUUGAGUUCGACAUCUUCACACGCCUCUUCCAGCCGUGGGGAUCAAUUCUGAGGAACUGGAACUUCCUGGCAGUGACACACCCCGGCUACAUGGCCUUCCUGACCUAUGAUGAAGUCAAAGCCAGAUUGCACAAGUACAUCAACAAGCCUGGAAGUUACAUCUUCAGACUGAGUUGCACACGCCUGGGCCAGUGGGCCAUCGGUUAUGUGACCAAUGAUGGCAACAUACUGCAAACCAUCCCCCACAACAAGCCACUGUUCCAGGCCCUCAUCGAUGGCUACAGGGAGGGCUUCUACUUGUUCCCCGACGGUCGCAGUUACAACCCUGACCUCACUGGCCUCUGCGAGCCGACGCCUCAUGAUCACAUCAGAGUGACUCAAGAGCAGUACGAGCUCUACUGUGAAAUGGGCUCCACCUUCCAGCUUUGUAAGAUCUGCGCGGAGAACGACAAAGACGUCAAGAUCGAGCCGUGCGGCCACCUCAUGUGUACUUCCUGUCUCACAGCCUGGCAGGAGUCGGACGGUCAGGGUUGUCCGUUCUGCCGUUGUGAGAUCAAAGGAACAGAGCCCAUCAUCGUGGAUCCCUUUGACCCACGGAAUGAGGGCAACAAGUGCUUCUUCCUGGAUCAGCACAGCUGCCACAUGCUGGAACUGGAUGAUGACGAAGACCGAGAGGACUGCCUGGUCAUGAAUGGACUGGCCAACAUCAGGAAGCACUGUGCCGAGCCCCAGAACUCGCCCAUGGUGUCUCCCAGCUCUUCGCCAGUCAGCCAACACAGGAAAGCCCAUGGAGGAGACCCCGGUUACUGUGUUCAGCACCUCGGCCUCCCCCCUGUCCCACCACGACUUGACCUCAUCCAGAAAGGUGCCAUCCGCUCCCCGUCUGCCAGUCCCACCGGCUCCCCAAAGUCUUCACCAGGCAUGUCUAGGAAGCAAGACAAGCCUCUCCCAGCGCCACCUCCUCCCCAGAGGGAUCCACCUCCACCGCCUCCCCCUGAGCGUCCCCCUCCCAUCCCCCCAGAGUCACGCCACUCUUGGCUCCCCAGCUCCUCUUCCUUGUCCUCUUCCAUGUCCUCCUCUACUGGUGCACUGUCAGACUCCCAGAUGCCCCCCGACACGCGGUGUACCAAAGACAACCACUUGGCCGAUGCCCACAGGCCCGGGGUGGAACACCAGCACCAGCUGGUACCUGCCGGCCCCUCCCACCUGAACGGAAGACCGCUCAGUUGUCCGUCCACGGGAUUUGGAAGGUUACAUCACAGAAUGGAGGGGGCAGGAAACUCGGAGAACUCCAAGCCCUUGCAAGUCAGCGAUGAGUAUGACAUCAUUCCCUCGCGGCUCUCGCCAACUCAGUCCUCACUUGCCAGUAGCCACAAACCCUCCAACCCUUUCAGCAGUCCUGUGGCAGAGCGACAGAGGGCGACGGAGAGGCCGGAGGACGACUAUCAAAUCCCGUCAUCCAACCUCUGCCUGAGCCAGGCUCCACUCAGCAUCUCUGUGCCCAGCAGAUACUUGGAGAAUGGUUUUGCGGAGCCCUCUGUCGAGGAGAAGAAGCCACGCCCGCCUGAGCCUGGUAGACACUCUGAAUCGGUCAGGGGGUUGGUCCGGGGGGCAGCACACACUGCCCUCUGCCCCUUCAGCACCAACCAGUCACCCUCCGACUAUGACAUUCUGCUGCCCCCCCAAGCACUAGAGGACCCCUUCAACAGCCGGCCUCCGUCCCAGCCGCCCCCUCCUCCUCCGCCGCCGCCGCCGCUGCGACACAGCUUUACUGACCUCGCCUCCUCUUCGCCGUCCUCAUCCUGCAACUCCUCCGCGUCCUCCCCCUCUGUCAUCGCGCGGCCGCACAGGCCCUCCUCUGGACACGAGCACUUGCUGUUGACCCCCGACGCAGUGUUUGACAUGCUGAACAGUGCUGCUCCGCUGCCUCCACUCAGACGAAACACAGAGAGUGUCAAAGGCUCCAGGGGCUUCCUGGAGUAUGACCAUUUACCAGGUAGUCAAGUGUUGAUGGACUACUCACAGGCCCCUGCUAGGCCACCCAAGCCACUGCCCAGGAAGAUCCCUCCUGACAUCCAGCAAGGCAUACCCCACAGCAUGGAGUCCGAGACCUUGGACGCCAAGAUCGCCAAGCUGAUGGGGGAGGGUUACUCCUUCGAAGACGUGAAGCGAGCGCUGAUGAUCGCCCAGUACAAAGUGGAUGUGGCCCGAAACAUUCUGCGAGAGUUUGCCUUGGUGGCCCCGAGACUCAACCUCCAGUCCUAGAGAUGGUGAAAAGGGACGCGCGACAGUGACACUGCCCCCUCUGAAUGGACACAACAAUAAAGGGCUUCUUCGUUCUGUUUGGCCUCAGGCAGCUGGAAUUGAGAAAAACAAUGAUCGGGAGAAACGGAAAACAGAUUUCAAGGACGACUUGCUUUCGCUGCCGAGCGGAGAUGAGGAAGCACAACAAUGUGGCUAAAACCAAAAAGAAUCGGGAGAGGGGAAACAAGACUGUCUGUGAAGGUUUUAAACCUGUGAAAAAAAGAAA